AUGACAGACGUGAAGGAAUUACGACUUCGAUUAUACGAAGCGUCUGUUGCACUCUCCAAUGUCAAUUUGGUUUAUGCUGCCAAAUGGUGCGCAGAGGCCUUGAAUGGCCUCGCUCCUAUCUCAGACCCAUUUGACUAUCCAAAUCCACAACUAGAUGACGACGAGAAGCACGACCAGUUUAGUUUCAUGCUAGCGAAGACUUACUUCAGUUGUAAAGAAUUUGACCGUGCCGCGUAUACGCUCAAGGAUGCUCGAAGCGGGAAUGCAGUGUUCCUAAGGUUGUAUGCUGUGUACUUGAGCAUAGAUAAGAAAACGUCUGGCGAGAAAAGCGGCUUUGUGAAUGUCUCAAAGGAAAGCGUAGGCAACGGAGCUGAAAACGGAGUCGAUGUUGAAGGUGAACUCGAUGACAAGUUGGGAAAAGUCGUUUCUGAGGCUGAACAGUAUCAUGCCAAUGGAUCUAAACCUAAUGGGUUUCUUCAUUACUUGGUGGGAAUGAUCUAUGCGAAAAAGAAGAAAUUUAAAUUGGCACAAGCGAGCUUACUUCUAUCACUUCUGAUUUUCCCCUACAAUUGGAGUUGCUGGCAAGAAUUGCUCUCGACAUUCACUGGAUUUGAUGAGGCUAUGAUCUUUGUCGAUCAACUCCGCACCACACGCCCGCAAUUGGCAAACAACUUCAUGUUUCUGUUCUUUGAAAUCGUCAUGCUUCAGGAGUUCUACCAACGACUGCCACAAUUUACAGAAAAGCUAGCGGCGCUGCUCGAAAUGUUCCCUACAUUCACGUUUUUGAAGGUCCAGAAGUUCCUCGCAGCAUACCACGGCCUCGACUACUUUCAGGCCGAGUCCAUUUUUGAUGAAAUCCUUAUGACCGAUCCCAUGCGUCUUGAUGACCUCGACACAUACUCAAACAUGCUCUAUGUUAUGGAAAAGAAGUCCAAGCUCUCAUUUCUUGCACAAUUUGCUUCUCAGAUUGAUAAGUUUCGGUCAGAAACAUGUUGCAUUAUCGCAAAUUACCAUUCCAUGAAAGGUGAACAUGACAAGUCCAUCAUGUAUUAUAAAAGAGCACUCACGCUUAACAAAAACUGUCUUAGUGCAUGGACUUUGAUGGGCCACGAGUUUGUGGAACUCAAAAACUCCCAUGCAGCCAUCGAAUCUUACAGAAGGGCAGUGGAUAUCAACGCCAAGGACUUCAGAGCGUGGUAUGGAUUGGGUCAAACAUAUGAGGUGCUCGACAUGCAUCUCUACGCUUUGUAUUACUAUCAGCGUGCUACGAACUUGCAGCCUACGGAUAAACGUAUGUGGCAGGCGAUUGGAAACUGCUAUGAGAAAAUCGAUAAAUUAGAAGAGGCACUCCGAUCUUUUGAAAAAGCAUUUGCAAUUGAUGGGCUCAGUCGAGCCUCGGAAGACCAAUCAGACGAAUAUUUAAGUGUGGAGCCCCAUAUAUGUUACAAAUUGGCCACGAUUUCAGAGAAGUUAGGACGGUCAAAAGAGACAUACCGGUACAUGCGUAUUUGUUUUGAGCAAGAGUUCGACUGGGGAAUCACCGACGAAACAUCCAAGGCAAGGUUGUGGCUCGCCAGGAAUGCCCUAGAGAAUCGUCGCUACGAGGAAGCCUAUGAAUUAGCCAAAGAGUUCAGCCUCAAUAAUGCACACGACGUGGGAGAAGCCAGGUCUAUUGCCAAGGAAGCCCGAAGCCGCAUGGCAAAGUGA